AAUUCAGGGGAUUUUUGUUUUACAAGUUAUGCUAAUCAGAUGUAUUAAAUCCGGGAAAGUUAUAUAUUUUUUCACCUUUUCAACUUUCGUAAACACAAUGUUGUUAUAAAAGGAAAAUCAACCAAAACUGUUUAAAUAAGUUAAUAAAGCACAGAAGUAUCAACAUGUUUGUUACAAAAGUUUCAAAAGUAUAUCUUAACUUAUUGUGCUUGCUGUUAAUGCAAGUUGAGGAACAGGUACUUUCACAGACUUUAAAACCAGAGAUAAAGUCGAUGCAUAUUUCAUCAGAUAUCUACUUCAGAUUUGCAACAACUGUAGUGGAGACUAAAAUUCUCAACGUAAAUCAAAACGCAUCAGAGAUAAUGUUUGAUAUGACUCUACCAGAUUCAGCUUUUAUAACAGGCUUUACAAUGGAAAUAGGAGAAAAACGAUAUGCUGGUAACGUGAAAGAAAAGGAGAAAGCAAAGAAACAGUUCGAAAAAGCAAAAAGUCGCGGUGAAAGUGCAGGCCAUAUUGCUGCUUCCCCACGAACUUCAAACAAGUUUAACAUACUUGUUAAUGUGGAGAGGAAUGCAUCGGUUGUGUUCAAAUUGAAAUAUCAAGAAUUGUUGAAACGAACCCUUGGAUCAUAUCAUCACGUGAUUUAUGUAGAUCCUGGUCAAACAGUUGAAGACUUUGAAAUAAAAGUGUUUAUAAGUGAAUCCAGAGAAAUAAUAGAUCUAUCAAUACCACCACUUGAUGGCAAAACAAAAGUUGAAAAUGUUAAAUUUGUUAAUAUUAAACAUGUUUCACCAAAGAGAAUUGACAUAAGAUACGCUCCAAGUGUUCAGAAUCAGAAAGCAAUGUCAAAACAAGGUAUAUCUGGACAGUUUAAAGUGAAGUAUGAUGUAACUAGGAAUAAAGAUGCUGGAGAUUUAUUGGUAGUGAAUGGAUAUUUCGUUCAUAUGUUUGCCCCAAAAGACAUUAAACCGCUACCUAAAGAUGUGAUGUUUGUGUUAGACAAAAGUGGGAGUAUGCAAGGAAGAAAAAUGAACCAACUGAAAGAGGCAAUGAAGCUUAUCAUGCAGGAUAUGAAACCAGAAGACAAACUAAAUAUUUUGUUUUUUGACAGCAAGUUUGCUUGGUUAAGCAAAACCGAAAUGUUAGAAGGGACAAAAGUUAAUUUUGAUAAAGCAAACAGAUUUAUAGACCCCGUUAUUGCUAGGGGAGGAACAAAUAUCAACACAGCAGUAACAGAAGGGAUAAAACUUUUAACGAAGCACUUAGAUACUAACAAAUCAUCUAUAGUAAUGUUUCUAACAGAUGGACGUGCAACUUCAGGAGAAACUUUUCAAAGUACUAUUUUAAAAAAUGUAAAAACUGAAAAUGAAGCCAGACUACCUAUCUUUAGCUUGGGUUUCGGAAACAAUUUGGAUUUUAACUUUCUUAAACAGAUGUCUGCACAGAAUAAUGGAUUUGCGCGACGAAUAUAUGAAGAUUCGGAUGCCUCUUUGCAAAUAAAGGGAUUAUAUUCUGAAAUUUCAUCCACUCUUUUAAAAAAUGUAUCCUUUAAUUAUGUUGGUGACAUUGACAUGAACACACUCACAAAGACCCGUUAUCCAUCGUACUUUGGAGGUUCGGAGUUGAUAGUUGCUGGAAAAAUAAAAUCUAACAGUUCUAACAUAGUACCCCGUGUCAAUGGUUGGAAUAAUGGAUACAUAGAUCUGGUUUGGAAACCAAGACCAGUUCCAGACCUGAAAGCAAUUACCACUGAUACUGAUUUAUCAAAAAUAACAGAGAAAAUGUGGGCAUAUCUAACAAUUAAACAGUACCUAAAAGACAUCGAGGAUGAUAUAUCGACCGCUAUGAAGGACGAAAUUAAAGCUAAGAUCAUAUCUUUGGCAACAGAAUACCAGUUUGUUACACCCUUUACAUCUAUGGUAGUAACUGCACCUGAGCUCCGACAACCAAGACAACCAAGACCGUUCAGCAGCCAAAUCUCUCAACGUCCUGCAAGUGGUCCACCUAUUUUUCGAAAUUUUCAACAACGUAUAGGAAUCGCUUCGAAUUCUGUACCACAGUUUCAACCAAGUAGUCGACAUUUUGGAGGUGCAGUUGGCGGUGGCAUUGGCGGAGGAGGAAGAAGUUUAAGCUCAAAACGUUUUAUGAGACCAGUCUUUAAAAGUCGUGUUAAUGGCAUUAGCAGAGGCGGAGGAGGCGGUAUCGCAAAGAAUCCAAUGAGUGCAGCUACGACAAUAGACCUAGCGACAGAUACCACCCUUGACUUUUCCACUGUCUCUAAAGGGACUGUCUUAAUUCCAGCAACAAAACCAACAACAGAUUCCACCCUUGACGUUUCAACUAUCUUUAAAGGAACUGUCUUAAUUCCAGCUAAGACACUUAGACCAACGACAGAUACCUCCCUUGACGUUUCCACUAUCUCUAAAGGAUCUGUCUUAAUUCCAGAUCAACGAUCUCCUAAUUUCUUUUUACACCUGAAAGGAUCAACAGAACCUCUCUGUAUGAACCUAAGUCCAAAUGACACAGGAAGAUACCAGCUCUUAUACAGUCCAAGAAAGCCACAAAAAGCACUUCAUAUAAUCUUUGAAAAGGCAACAAAUCAAUUGAGGAAAAUAGAAAAUAUAAAAGCUGUGGAAUUUCGGGAAGGAACAGAACAACAAUAUUUGGACUUUACGAUUAUAAAAGUAUCGAAUGCCACUUCGAAUGUCACAAAACUAUGGAAUGACAUCAAGAACAAAACAACGACCGAUUUUCCGUCCUACAAUUUAACAGUUGCAGUAUCCCCUUCUAAAGACCCGUUACUAGGUUUACAGCUGCAUCUUUACAUACGACAAAGUAACAACGUUAAUGCUACGGGACCAUUACGUUGGUUUGUUGGAAUGGAAAUUGAAAGCUUUGGGUUAGAGUUGAAUGUGAAGCCGAAUGAAGGAAAACAGUUCACCGUCAAAAACUUUAAGUUAUUGAAGUCUACGUCUGUAUCUUCAUAUCUAACAGACUCGUGCUGGUACAUAAUCAACCCAGAAAAGGAAAUUCCACAUUGGAAAAGCUUAUUUCAACAAAAAGAUGUCAAUACAUGGUUAUAAUUUAUACGAAAUCCAUAUGAAACUUUAAAAUAUAUCAAUUACAAUGCAUAUCUCAUAUAUCAUGUAAAUAAUACUUCUAUAAAUAUAACGUUUGUUGAUAUAAGUCAUUUCAUU